CAUAUUCUCACAAAUUCUGGUGAUACAACACAACUGUAUUAAAUUAAAAAUUCCCAAACCGUAUAAUUGCUUCGAAGUCUAUAAACUAUUUAUUUUGCCCACAAUGGUACCGCCACCAUAUGUCGAUUUGGGUAAAUUAGCCCGCGAUCUAUUUAAGCGUGGCUACCAUCCGGGACUAUGGCAACUAGAUUGCAGAACAAUGACCAAUUCGGGCAUUGAGUUCUUUACCACAGGCUUUGCCAGCCAGGAUGCCAGCAAGGUGAUGGGCUCACUCCAAAGCAAGUAUAAGGUGGAGGACUAUGGCCUAACGCUAACUGAACGCUGGAAUACGGAUAACUUGCUCUAUGGAGAAAUAAUGCAACGCGAAAAGCUUGCAGAGGGUUUAAUGCUGGCGCUGGAAGGAAAAUUCCAACCAUCCUCCGGCGACAAGAGCGGCAAAUUCAAGUUUGGCUAUGGCAAGGAGAGCUUCCACUUGCAGGGCGAUGUGGAAAUUGCUUCGUCACCUCCAAUAAAUCUAUCCUUGGUGUUGGCGCACAAUGAGUUUCUAGCUGGCGUCGGCAUAGAUUUCAAAACGAGCGAUAACGAUGUUGGCUGGAAAGCCGCCUUGGGCUGGAAAAACGAAAGCACUGUACUACAUGCUGAAACCAAGAAUGCCGAUGCCUUUUUGUUUUCUGUGUUCCACAAAGCUAGCGAUAAGAUUGAUGCUGCUGCGGAGAUUGUUAAAGCGGCUGGUGGCGCUGGCGGUGGCGGUGUCGAAGGUGGAGAGCAGCAGGAAGCCCCCGCUGGCGGCGGUGAUUGGACAUUUGGUGUUGGCAUGAUCUAUCAUCUGGAUGGAGAUGCGCUUAUACGUGCCAAGGUGAAUAGCAAUGUCGAAAUUGGCCUGGGCUAUGAGCAGAAGCUGCGCGAGGGCAUUACCAUGUCCAUAUCGACGGUACUUGAGGGUAAAAAUCUGAGCGAUGGCAAUCACAAAUUCGGUGUCGGUCUCGCUUUGGAGUGUUAACAGAAACGGUAGUAAAACAGUUGUCCCUAUCGCCACAAAAUCAUCCGCUAGAGUGUCCCAAGAUCUAUUUAUCAAUAUUCUGGAGUGCGUUGUAUUUUUUCCUUGAUUUUUGCAUUGUUAUUAUUAUAUAUUGUUGGUUUGAGAUGUAUAUAAGUACGCAUAUUAUAAAAGUAGAUUAUAAAGAUGA